UGCUGUCAUUCACGAACAUUCCGGUUUGCCAGGUGCGUUGAACAAUGUUUAGCAAUAGAACGGCGCGAAAAUUCAUUGCAAUAGGGAUUGCCACGAAUUUCUCCUGCCGGCAUUGUGUGUAAUCGGCAAAAAUAUGGGAGUUUUAGGACUUUGGAAGCUAAUCGAACAGUCCGGUAAACCGGUUCCACUAGAUACGCUGGAGAACAAAGUGUUGGCCGUGGAUAUAUCGAUUUGGCUGCAUCAGGUGAUAAAAGGGUUCCAGGAUUCCAAGGGAAGCGCUUUACCAAACGCUCAUGUGCUGGGUUUGUUUCAUCGUUUGUGUAAACUGAUGUACUAUCGCAUCAAACCAAUAUUCGUGUUCGAUGGAGGUGUUCCCAUUUUGAAGAAGCAAACCAUAGCAAAGCGUCACCAGAGCAAAAACAACUAUCAAAAUGAGGCAGAUCGCAUACAGCAGCUGCUACUCGAAACACUGGCAAAGGAAAAAGUUGUCCAACAAGCACUUGGAUCGGCCACAAACAUUCUUAUAUCGCCCUCGAAAAAAGCAAUCACAAACGGCGGUCCAAGCACGAGUAAACAGCCCGACCGAGAGGAGGAUCCUGAUGCGAUAUUCAAACUGCCACCGCUGAAAGCACCCGAAGAACCGAUUGAUCUGGACCGCAGUGAUAGUUCAAUGGAUGAAAAAGCUUCCCGGAACUACUAUCACCUUAACCUGAACGCAAUCGAUGUUACCAGCGUUUACUUUAAAAAUCUACCAGCUGAUGUACGACACGAAAUUCUGAACGACAUCAAGGAAACACGCAAACAGUCUUCCUGGGGCCGACUGCACGAGCUACCGGUUGAGAGUGAUUCAUUUUCCUCGUUUCAAAUGAAACGCUUGCUAAAACGACGCCAGGUGCAGGUGGAACUCGAGGAAGCGGAGAAGGAAAUGGGUGGAAAAUGUCUCUCAUUGGCGGAGCUGGAAUCGCUGCUAAAUGAGGAAGGUGUAGAGACAUCGUCAAAUCGAGCGGCCCAACAGAUCGCAUCGGAUGAAAACACCCGUUUUCUGCUGGUGCGCGAUGUUCAGAAAGCAAUCGAGAAAGCGAAAGCACGUGAAGAAGCAGAAAAAAUUGCACCAAAAGCACCGAAAUUGCCAAAACUGACUAAGGAAGAAUUGGCAGGCGAAAUGCGCACCGAGGACGAUGACAAAGAGAUGGAUGAAGAGCUACAGCUGGCGAUUAAAAUGUCGUUAAUGCAGGAUGAGGAUCCUCACGCCGUGAUCGAGCUAGAUGAGGAAGAGUUGCGUAUGUCGCGAAAGCAAAAGCAAGCUCUCGGGAAUGCUGCACAAAGCUUAGCCCGGGGUUUUAUGCUCGAGUACGGUGGGCUGACGAAUGAAGAAUUUAAUGAACUGUUGCAUCAAACGCAAGAUGUGGAUGGUGGAGACAUUAAUGAUUCUAUGUCGCAAAUGUUUGUGCAUAAUGGAGAUUCUAUAGUGCAACGCACAUUGGCCACCGUACAUGAAGUAUGCGAAGAGCAAGAGAAAGCCGUUGAGGAGAAGGAACCAUCAGAAAAGGUAAACAGUGAACCGGAUACGGAAUCCGAUUCAGAUUUUGUCGAUGUGCCGGAGGAUAAUUUGAACGAUUCUCAGGUGGGCAUAUCCCUGCCGUUGAACAGUACCAACCACUUCAAACCUCACUACAAUCCUAUCGUUGAUUUUACCAUCGAUGAUCUGAAGAACCUCUCGGAUGCGGGUCAUUCAAAAAAGAAGGAAGUCGUGGAGGUGAUCAUUAAGCAGGAGGAUAUAGGAGUAUGCGAUAAGGAUGAUAUAUUUGCGGAUAUAUUUAGCGUAGCGAAGGAAGAUGAGGUAAAAAAAGUACAGAUUGAUCCCGCAACCAAACAUGAUCAACCAAACCCACCGAUAAUCAGUAUUCCAAUUAAAGAAGUGAGCAAUAUUAUGCAAGAAAAAAAUAGUUCAGAUUAUAAGGAACUCUCAAACGAAGAGGAUUUAAAUGUUCCAAAAGCAUUUAUCGGGCUGAAGAUAAAGAAAGUCGACGAUAUAAAUGCUCAGCUAAAGGAAGAACUUGAAAAUUUGAAGAAAGCUCCACCGGUGAUUGAUUUAGGAGAUAUUAUAGCACCGUCUGUUCCAGUUUUGGACGUCCCUGCUCCAGUUGCACCAAGCACAGAUCUGAAAAGUAUAAGUGAAAAGCUGAAAUUGCAGUUGGAGGAGUUGAAAGCGGGGGCUCUACAAUUAGAUGAAAUUAAACUUGAUGAUGUUGAGAAGUUUCACGAACGGAACGAUGGAGAAGAUGCCGAUGAUAGUGAUGCUACAAUUAUUUAUGAUGCCGAUUCAAUCACUCAAAAAACUCCCGUCAAGCCAAUUGUUCCCGUCGAUGAGCACAAGGAAGAAUCAGAAACUCCAGCGAAAGCAAUUGAAGAUCACGAGUUGCCCACUGCAAACGCAGCGGUUAUAGAAAUCAUGGACAGUCCUGCUAAGAAAGGAACUUUGGAACACUUAGUACUUGCACGCACACCCGGCAAGGAUUCACAUAAAUCAAUCGAACCGGAAGAAUCAGUACCGCAUGUAACGAAACCAUUCUUUGUCAACAAAACUCCACCUUCGGCAAAGAAAUCAAAUCAAGCAGACGGUAAAGACAAUCAAUCUACUCCUGGUAAAUCGGUUUCAAAAGAGUUGUUUCCUGCCGAACCCGAACCCUCCACGAGUAAACAGAUGCCUCCGCCACAACCAGCGGAACCGAAGCCUGUUAGUGCGGAAGGCCUCAUCACCGAAAUGGCGGACACACUGAAGGAAGCGCACACACCGCUCGAGCUGAAACGGAUGGCACUUGAUCUGGCACAAACGGAACGUGAGCUGGAACGUGAGAAAAACAAACAGUCCCGGCUGGGCGUAUCAAUUACGGAUCAGAUGCGUAACGAUUGUAUGGAGCUGCUGCAGAUUUUCGGCGUACCGUACAUAGUGGCACCGAUGGAGGCAGAAGCGCAGUGUGCAUUUUUGAAUCAGAUCGAGCUGACGGAUGGUACAAUAACGGACGAUAGCGAUAUUUGGUUGUUUGGUGGGAAGAAGGUGUACAAAAACUUUUUCAACCAACAGAAGCUGGUGCUCGAAUUUACGAUCGAGAGCAUUGAGCAAAUGUUUCACAUGGAUCGAAAGAAGCUAAUCCAACUGGCACUGCUUGUAGGAAGCGAUUAUACGACCGGAAUUCAUGGUAUCGGUGCUGUAACGGCACUAGAAAUAUUGGCGUCCUUUCCACCGACUCCAGAACAAACGGGCGAAACAUCCGAGAUGAUGUCGAUGUUGUCCGGGUUGCGAAAGUUCCGCGAUUGGUGGCAGCACGGUAGGAAUGGAGCAAGUGGCGCGAGAAUGGCAUUAAAAUCCAAACUGAAAAACAUUGACAUUGGGGAGGGAUUUCCGAGCACGGGUGUGGUCGAAGCGUAUCUCCGACCGACGGUCGAUUUCAGUGAGGAAGAAUUCAGCUGGGGCUAUCCGGACGCGGAACGGCUGCGUGAUUAUGCGCGCCAAAAGUUUGGCUGGACGCAAACGAAAACGAACGAUAUAUUGCUGCCAGUGUUGAAGCGUUUGGAUGAACGUAAGUCUCAGGCAUCGAUCAAGAAUUACUUCAAGGUUCAGAGUGCAGUCGGUCAGAGCAGGUUGAAGGUUAGCAAGCGGGUUCAGCACGCGGUAGAUACGAUGGCGGGCAAAAUCGAUCCGAAUGAGGUGGUGAAAGCGAAGAAGAAAAGUCCUACGAAAGCAAAGAAACCCGCUGGGCGGAAACGAAAGCAGGCUGCGGGGAAGGAUACGCCAGAAACGAUUGAUCUGGAUUCGAUUGAAGAAGAGCACGAGCUGGACGGUGAAGUCUCAUCCCAUGGAGAGAAUGUGAAAGACGAGGAACAAGAUGAUCAUUUUGUUGAUGCUAAACCAACCAAAAAAGUUGCUGCCACUGUUCGCAAGCGAGUAACUGAAGGCGCAGGAACGACAGCAAAGCCGAAGCGUGGUCGUAAAAAAGCAUCUAAAGAUGGUACAUCGACCGGUGACAAGGAAAAGUCCGAGGAGGAACCAUCAACCUCACAGCGACCCACACACUCGCUGGCAAACAUUGGGGGAAUCAUUGCCAAUAUUAACCAACAGUCAGCGGAAAGUGUGGACAGUUCGCUAGAAGCACGAAGGAAACGGAUAGGAAACAAAAUGCCGGACUUUAAUCCGGCUAUUCCACAGCGGGUUAAGGAUGAGCAAGAAAUGGUGGAACGAAAAAAGCGAGCUGCCGAGUUGUUAAAGAAGCUGAAAAGUAACGAUAAGCAUAAACGGCAGUAA